AGCUCAUUCGUCAGUUUGAAUUGUAAGCGAAGCGAAUAUGAAAUUUCUGCUCAUAGUUGUGUUCUGCGGUGUUGCUGCUGUGGUGAAUGCGUCGCCCAACUCCCUGCUGAGUCGCCUACUCCACCGACAAACAACAACAACAACAACGUCAACAACUGCUGCUCCGCGUCAAGAAAUCUUUACGAACAACAAUGUGCCCGAAGUGCCAGCUGGCUGCAUUGCUCACUACUCGUGCAGCAAGAAACUGACGACGGUGCCGAAUCCCCGACCCUGCCUCAAGUACUGCCUGAAGCGCAUCGAGUGUCCCGACAAGCCGGUGCAACGUGGCAAGGCCAACGAGUGCGUCGAAGUCGAUGCCACCAAAGCGCUGGCCGACUUUGAGUCGACCACAGUCAGCAGCAACGAUGUGGAUGCCACCACCCAAAAGAUCAUGGAGGUGGCCAUGAUAGACUUCCCCUGCCAGCCGGGUUAUUUGCCCGACAGUCGUGGACGUUGUCGUGAAAUUUGGUAACUUUAUGUUGCAUAUAAAUGUUUGUUGUGAGUUGCUAAUAAAAAUAAAACUAAA